AUGUCAAUGGAAACAGCGCAAGACUUGAGUAACCUCACCCGCCCGGUCGGAUUUUACAUCAGAGGUUUCUACGCGCUAAAAAAAGGAGAAUAUUAUUUUAUAUUUCUGGCUGUUGUUUACGUCGUGACACUUGUGUCAAAUGCAAUCUUGAUGUUAAUCAUAUGCUUCACAGAAACCCUCCACACGCCCAAGUACAUGGCCGUGUUCAGCCUGGCUGUGGUGGACAUUUGUCUCAGCUCCGCUCUCAUUCCCCAAGCUAUCCAUAUGUUUAUCUUUGAUUCAAAAUUCGUGUAUUACAACCCUUGCAUAGCACAAAUAUUCUUCGUUCAUUACUUUGCAGCGAUGGAAUCAUUUUCUCUCUGUGUUUUAGCCUACGACAGGGUCAUCGCUAUAUGUUUCCCAUUAAGAUGCAAUGUUAUAAAUACCCACUGUAAAAUGAUGCUGAUUAUUAUUGUGGCAUGGACAAUUCCGUUCAUCAUGUAUGUGACGAUGGCUGCCUUGAUUCUCCCACUGAAGUAUUGUAAAUCGACUAUUGUCAACAGCUUCUUCUGUGAUCACGGACCGGUCUUUAAUAUUGCUUGCGGUGAUUAUUCUAAAAACUGGUUCAUGGCCUUGAGUAACAUUGUAGUCUUUUACUUUGCUCCUUCUGCCUUCAUAGCUGCCUCAUACAUGUUUAUUAUUAACGCCAUUUUGAAGAUUAAAUCGUCAGAGGGAAGGUGGAAAGCGUUUAAAACGUGUUCUUCGCACUUAAUGUUGGUUGCUAUAUGUUUCGUUCCUUUUUACAUGACCUACAUCGUGGCAUGGGUUAAUGUGAACAUUGAUACGGACACCAGAAUUAUUAACACGUCCUUGGCUACCUGUAUUCCUCCACUUAUAAACCCAAUUAUCUACUCUCUGAAAACCGAGGAGAUAUUGGAGCAAAUUAAAAAGUACCUGAAAAUCAGUUUUCCGAAAAUGAAAACUUCUCCCAGCAGUUGA